AUGGCAAGUGUCGCGGCCAAAUUUGCUGGAACCGGGGCACGAGUGGGCGGCCGUGUGGCAGCUAGGCAGUUGGGAAAACAGGCAGCAAAACAAGUAGCCAAGAAAGCCGCGAAACAAGUAGCCAAAAAAGCGGGCAAAAAAAUUGCCAAGAAGGCAGGUAAAAAAGCAGCCAAAAAAGGUGGCAAAAAGAUGACAAAAAAAGGAGCAAAGUCUGGCUCAAAAAAAUCUGCUAAAAAAGCCACAAAGAAAUCAUCAAAGAAAACACUGAAAAAGAUGUCGAAAAAAGCUUCCAAGAUGAAAAAUGAAGAGGAAAAUGAGACUCAAACUGAGAGUACUUUUCAACCCGUACCGGCCAUUGUCAGUGACGGAGGUAAGAGUGGGAAAAAGAAAAAACCCACUGGGAACAGUCGAGAUCGGUCGAAAAGUAAAGAUCGAUCAAAGAGCGCACCGAUCUCGGGUGACGAGAAGUUCAGUAAGAGUAGUGAAAGUGGCCGGAAACCCAAUGGCCAAUCCAAGUCAGUCUCAAGGUCCAGAGAUCGAGGAUCUAAAACGGCAUCGAAAUCCAAGAUAAAAUCCGAGAAAGCGAUACAAUCCAAGAGUGUACCCGUGGUUGGAAUGAUCGCAAACCGUUCGGUCAGCGAAUCAGGACAGUCGGACGAGGAAAGUGAUUCCAGUUCAGUUUCCGAAGACACUAGAGGAAGAAGUCAGAAGAGGGGAAAAUCGAAACACUUGGCACUUGAAAGUGAAAAAUCAAUGAGAACUAAAUCCAAGAAAUUAAAAUCCUCAAACCAAAAAUCAUCUCGUGGAAAAUCUAAAACUCGUGGCCAUUCAAAGACAGAUAAAGAGACAGCAAAAACGGGUACAUUUACCAUUGGAGAGCGUUCAGCUAGGGCGGAUAGCGAGCUAACCGAUACUGAUGAAACAGCUUCGAUCAACAAAGGAAAAAAGAACUCCAAGAGCAAAAGUAAAAAGGGCAAGAAAACCGGAAUGCUCAGCGGGGAUGACAUUUUGGGUCAGCCUCACGAGGAUAAUUCAACAAUGGAAGACCAAAAAAGUGGAAAAAUUAAAGGUCUUCGGAACAAUCUAACAAAGAAACAGAAAAAGAACAAAAAGAGUGGACAAAAGCCCGGUGCAGGGUCGGCUAAGAAUAGAAUCGUAAAUAGUGAUUCACGUGAUGAAACAUCAUCAAGUCCCCCGGACAAUGAUUCAAUGGAAACUAGUUCUGUAACUAGUCUAACAGAAACUUCCAGUAGUUCAGUUAGUGAACAAAGUAGAACGUUUAGUGAUACGACCGAUCUGGAUCACGAGGAGAUGGCAGAUAGCACGUCCGUGAAACCCCGCGGUAAAAGAAAAUCGAAAACACCCAAGCGUGCCAACGCUAAAAUUGAUAGCGAUGCUUCUCUUACGAACAUGAGCGAGGUAUCCAGUGCCACAUCGGUUCCCACAACUACCACAUCAAGCCCACUGGUGACCGAUGGAACCGAUUUGUCUUCCAGCAUCAAUUCAAACGAGGAGGAAGAGUCGGAUAAGACAGAAACAAGCUCAGUCCAAAAACAAUCGUCGAUUUCUGCUUCUACUCGGCUGACACCGACAAACACAUUUAUGGGAAAACAUACAAGAGACCAAAUACAAGCUAUAUCUAGCAAGGCUACCAAUCUAGCAGAAUCGAAUCCUCCUCUGAAGCAGGCUAUGACAGUGACACUUGGUGAGGCCAAAACAGAAGCUACUCUGGAAGGUAUACGAACCGUUGGUGACAUGGCAAAUCAAGCCCAACAGUUGAAAUCAGAUGUCUUGAGCAAUGUGAAAGCAAUUAUGGGUCAAGAGAAGAAAGAAAACACAACCGAACAGAAUAAAACUGUUGAUGAUGCAAUCAAAACGCCUGUUGGUGCCACUGCGGUUGCUCCUGAAACUGACCCCGUCAGAUCCGCUGAGUCCUCAGUCGACACCAAAGAUGAUACAGGUUCCGUGAGAAUCUCUGAACCUCAAACAGAACUCAGAGCAACUUCACUUUCUGUUCCCGGUACCAAUCAAGCAGUAACAAGUGAACCAAAGAAGCGCUCAUGGAACUUAAAGUCACGUUUAUUGGGAAGGAAAAGUCGAGGGAAUUCUGUGAAAGCACCUGGAGAGAAAACCAAUGAGAUAGUUGUCGCAAAUUCGGUUGUGGAAGAGGCGGUUCGGUCCACCGAGCAUAUUCCAAGAGAAACUUUCCCGUUUCAUGAGUUCAGCGAUCCGGAAUUCAACCUGUUGCUGUUUCGUUUAGCAAAGCAUCUUCUUAUGGAGAAUCAAGGCAAACAAACACCAGAGGAAAAUAUGACAAAACGAAAGAACAAACAAGAACGUAAAAAGGCACGCCGUUCAGAAUGGCUUCAAGCGUUGGAAAUGAUUUUGAAAGCUAAAAGUGGUCAACCAUUGGUUGAACUUGUGAAGCCACAAAAACGGGAUCGAAGGCGGAAACAAAAAUAUGUAUACUGUCCGGCAGAAUGUGUUCAUCACUACUCCAAUUCCAUUCCUUGUACAUGUGGCCAAACACAGCUACCAUCAUACAAUUACCAAUUCACUGAGGGUGUUUCAAAUCCUGAGGGGAACAAAAUAGAUCAGACGAAUGAAGUUAUUCCUGUANAAUUAGAUUCGGUAUCCAUGGGCUCAGAGGGAUGCGCUCUAGUUCCACUAGAUUUCAAUUUUCUCACCUCAUCUGAAAGUUCGACAAGUUCAGUCCACUCUAGCGGUUCCAAUACACCGGAGGAUCAUAUGAAUCAGGCCGAUUUGAUCGCUACCGACUAUCAAAACCUGUUGGCCCUGGCGGAACAGCGUGCUAAUCUGCGUGAACAGGCCUUGUCUGACAGUUAUCACACGUGUGAGGAAUUGCAGAGUCGUGUAGACCAACUAUCGAACCGGGUCACGGAAAGAGAAGAACUGUUGGCUCGACUGACGUUUGAGGCUAGUAAGCUGAAGAAUAAUUACGAGAGACUAUGCUCUGAUGUGAGUUAA